UAUGAAUUAGCCUUUAAUAAGCAAGCAAAACUUUGAUGGAUUAUUAUAGAAGGCUACAUAACUUAUUAAUUAAGCAAAAGAAUUAAAUGAUGAGAUAUAAUCCUCAGAUUAAACUCAAUUUGAAAAAAUGAAAGAAAUUAUUGAGAAUGCAAGAGUAGCUUAAUUAAAUUUAGGUGAAUAACUUGAAUAAGUUAUGGAACAAUUAGAUAAAAUUGCAAAAGUAAAUGAAAAUAUUUAAAUAGAUUUCAGAAUAAAAGAAAAAAAUAAAAUAAUUAAAGGAUCUCUAUGGAAAAGAAAUAAAUAGAUACAAAUAGAUAUAAAAAAAUUUAAUAGAAGAAGGAUAUGAAAUAAGAAGGUAAACUCUACAUAGAAGAUCUACUUAAAUAUAAUAGUAUAAACCAAAUGUUAUGUAAUCAACUGUCACUGUUAAAUAAUCUUAAAUUGAAUAAAAAUAAUUUGAUGAACUAAUAGAAAUAUCAUAAUUAGAAAUUGAUAAUGCAGUUAUUAAAGAAAAGUAUAUAAAUAAAUUAUAAUCUACAGAUAAGAAGAAAUAGAUAUUAUUGAAAAGGAUGCAGAACUUCUAAAUAGGAUAGUUAAUGAUAUGAGCACAGAAGUAAAUAAAUAAGGGGAAUAACUUAAUGAAGUAGAAAUGAAUAUGACAACUGUACAAACAAAUUUGAAGGUGACUAUCAAAGAAUUAGAUGGAGCUAUAUUUGAACAAAAGAAGACAUUAAAAAAAUACCUUUAUCUAGGACUGAUAGUCUUAGUAAUCUUAGCAAUUCUUGGUGGACUCAUUUAUUACUUAAUACAUCAUAUUAGGGAGAAAUAACCUAAUAAAAAAGAUGAUGAUGAGAAUAAAUUAAAUGAAUGAAU